AUGUGCCAGGCCCCGACGAGCAAGACGCCGCUGGUGGCGGCCGCGCCUGCGCACUCGCAGUCGCUGUGGCAGCCCAAGCUCAUGUACCUCGUCAGCAACGCGUGGACGUCGGCGCAGAUGAACUUCCUUCCCGUCUUCUUCCAACAGACAGCGCAGUUCUCCAAGGUGCAGAUCGGCGUGCUGCAGACGCUGCCCUGCGUGUGCACCAUGCUGGCGCCACCGUUCUGGGGGGCCGUGGCCGACCGCAUCCGCGACCAGCGACUCAUCCACGUCUACUGCAUCGUCACGGGCGCCGUGCUCAUGUUCGCCGCGCGCUUCUUCUACUGGUCGUUCAACUGGAUGGUGCUGGUCGUCGUUGUGUCUAACUUCCAGGUGGCCCCGACCGGGUCGCUGCUGGACCACGCAGUGCUGAGUCUGCUGGAUCAGGUCGGCGGCGAGUACGGCAAGCAGCGGCUGUUCGGCGCGCUCGGCUACGGUGUCGGAGCCUACAUCACGGGGCUCAUCGUGGCCGUCGCCGGCAUCUCGUGGUCGUUCAACGUCAGCUUGGUGCUCGGCCUCACGUCGCUGCUCGUGCUGCGCACGAUCCCGCCGAUGAAACAUAGUGGCCUGCACCAUGACGGGACGCUGGAAAGCGGCGUUGCCAAGACACCGUCCUUCACGGACAACCUCCGCCUGAUCUGCAAGCAGGUGGACGUAUUCGUGCUGCUGACCGUCGUCUUCUUGAUGGGGCUUAUGUACGGCGCGCUAUCGAGCUUCCUCACGCUCAACCUGUACAACCUCUCGGGCGAGAACGCGCAGAUUGUGGGGAUCGCCAUCUUGUGCGAGACUGCGUCGGAGCUGCCGGCCUUCUUCUAUUCGCACAAGAUCAUCAACCGUUUCGGCAUCGUCAACGUGCUGCUGCUGUCCAUCAUGGGCUACGCGCUUCGCGUCUCGUACUACGCCGUCAUGACCAACGCGUGGACCGCCAUCCCGUUCGAGUUCCUGCACGGCGUGACCUACGGCCUGGCGUGGGCGGCCUGCACGCAGUACGUGUAUUCGGCAGCUCCUCCUGGCUGCGAGGGCACGGUCAUGGGUGUGCUGAACGCCGUGCAGAACGGCCUCGCGCGUGGCAUCGGCACGCUCAUCGGCGGCUUCUUCUACCAGCACUACGGGGCGCGCACCAUGUGGCUCGUCACCGACCUGGGCGUGCCACUUGCGCUCGUCGGGCUGUUCGUGUUCGCGCGCCUCAAGACCAAGAGCAACGUGGUGGUGCUCGAGACCCAUCACCUGGAAGAGGCUGAGCUCUUCUCGCCGCACGCUGGAAACCCGCAGGCGCUCCACGCUCACGCUGGCCAGACGUUCGAGGACAUCCAGUAAGCCCGUAGACUCGAUGUAGACGCAGUCAAUACGCAUAUAUUUACACGC